AUGGCUCUGUCCCAGUUAGUAGCCCAGGGUACGGCUGACGAAGAAAACGAUGAACUAACUCUGCCUAUUUAUCAUCAACAAGACAAUCUCCUCUCUCUUGUACGAGCUGAUGUGCGGGAGACCCCAGGUUGCAAGGGACUCGACAUAGGCAUGCACGAUGUCGGUGAUUGUGUUCCCGAAAGUCUGCAAAUGUUUCUAAAUCUUUUGUUCGGAGGUGAACGACUUUUAGAUGAGGAAACGAUUGAAGAGAAAGAAAAUGUUCGUAGUAAAGCGCUUGCCGUUGCUCAAGAUAUUGUGUACGGGGAAAGCAACGGUAAGAAAUGGACACCUAAGCAUAUUGGCGUAGGGAGCACCCUUCACCAAGUCACAAGAUCGAAAGAUAUAGUUAAACUUUUUCACAAGGCAGGACAUAUUCUGAGUUAUGACCAAAUUCUUCAACUUGAUACGGGUUUAACCGAGAGUGUUUUAAACACUUUGGAUGAAGAAAGCGGAACCGUGAUCCCGCCAAAUUUGGUGCAAGGUAAUUUUAUACACUUCUCUGCUGGUAACAUUGAUAUUUUGGAUGAAACGCUGGACGGUAAGAACACGUUUCAUGCCACACAAAUAGCUGCAUGGCAACGUGGGGCAGAAAAUUCGUCAUUACUUGACGGUGUAAAUCCAUCCAAAAAGCGAAAUCUGAAUAUUCCAGAAUCGAUGGACAAGAUUGAAACGAUUGUAGCAAGAAAAAGCAAUCGUGUUUUCAUUAAAGCAGUUAGGACGACAUGGUAUGACCAAGCUGAAGAUAAGAAAGAAUGCAAACAAGCUGCCAAAGCUACUGAUUUGGCAUUCAAUAUGCUACGAAGCGAAGGUGUGAUCAGAAGCGGAUGGACGGAGUUUAACCAGUCGUUAUCACGAGGAGAAGUUGGCGACAAGUUCGGGCAUGAAGUAACAAAGGUAGUGUACAUGCUAAUCAGACAAGCACCCGCGCACGAAAUGGAUACCUUGAACACGGUCGUUAAGAAAUGCAUGCAUGUGGCCACCGUGCUUGGACAACAGUACACUAUUAUCACCGUAGAUCAGGCACUGUACUGCAAAUUAGUCGAGUUGAAAUGGGCAAUUCCAGAAUAUCGAGAGAAACUUGUCGUGCAACUCGGCGGUCUCCAUAUAUCUAUGUGUUUUCUUAAGACCAUUGGAGAUCAUAUGAAGGGAUCAGGCCUUGUUGACUCAUGUAUAGAGAGUGGUCUCCCGGGACCAAAUGCUGCUGAGACUGUGGUGAACGGCAAGGCGUAUAAGAGAGCAAUGCGUGCGCAUAAGAUAACACUGCAAGCUAGCCCUAUGGUGCCUGUUGGUCCCGCUGUUACUCAAGUUUUGCAAAACGAUCAAUGUUGA